AAGUACGGCAAGUCGCGAUAUUGGCGUCAGUUUAUCAGUUUGGUGCUAACUAUUAAUUGCUAAUCGGUUAAUCGUGUAGAAGGAAGUGAUCUGUGAAUUAAGACAUGAAGCGUCCACUUGUGCUUUUUUUCACGCUUGUCGUUCUUACAAUAAUCUCGGCCGAAGAUUAUGUGGAAAAAUUGGCGCACUCGUUAUCGAUGACUAGAGAGGAUGUACAACAAUGCAUCGGAAAGACAGACGCAACACCAGAGGACAUAAUGCAUUUUGACCAAAUUGUGCUCGACAAUUUGCAAACUGUAGAUUUCGACGAACAGGCAUUAAGAAUUGGCUGUUUCCUCACCUGCUUAAGCCAAAAGAGUGAAAUAAUGUAUGGUGCGUCUAUGAAUGUGGAAAAGUUAAAACUGUUCGUGCGCUCCAAAGCUAAAGAACCUAAUCCUGACAUGAUUGCGAUUGUCUAUCAAACAUUGGAUAUGUGCAACGAUCGGGUUAAAAGCAAGACUAACGAAUGCGAAGUAAGUUUCAAAUUUCUACUUUGCUUCAUAAAGGAAAUGCGACGCUUGGACGAGAAUAAAACACAACGUCCCUACGAGAACACCAUUGAUAAUGAGUGAAAUAAUAGUGUAAGACGUAUAUUAUUAUAUGUCCAGAACUUGUAUGUAGAACACAAUACAUGUAAUAAGAUAUUUGUUGGGCAAAUCAAUGGUUGUUGAAAAUAUUAUUAAUUUCGCAUUAAUAAAGUUUUAUUUACAUACUA